UUAGGUUAGGUUUUUAUUUUCAGAAAAUGUUUUUCAAAAAAAUAUUAAUAUGCUCUAUAAUGUUACAACAGCUUGUAAAAGCACAAACCAUCUUAGAACCAAGUUUAGUCAAAUUCGUCGAGAUUGAAGAAAUUGAUAGAAUCGGCCAGAUUGACGAUAUGAAAGCUAUGCAAGAUCUUGUGAACUCAACCCAAUCUUCACCAAACAUCUUAAGAGAGAAAAGAUCAUUUUAUAAGUCUGGGAAGAGUAUGGGGAGUGAGACUUCCCGAACCCUUGAUUAUCUACUCACAGAGUCAGGAUAUAACAAGAGAUUUAGACCUAGCUUUGGGGGUCAACCUAUACCGGUAUUUGUGAACCUAGCUAUCAGAUCUAUGGGCCCUGUGGAUGAGAAUAAAGAAAUAUUCUCCCUGGAUUGCUACUUCAGACAAACCUGGACGGAUGAAAGAUUAAGAUACAACACUACAGGGCUGAAUGAGCUGGCCUUGAACUGGGCAUUUCUAGCAAAAAUCUGGAAACCAGACACUUUCUUUCUAAAUGGGAAACAAUCCUUUCUUCAUAAGAUUACAGUACCCAACAGAUUUGUCCGGAUUAGUCCAUCUGGAAAAGUGAGUUAUUCACAGCGUUUAACGAUAUGGGCAGCUUGUCCUAUGAACCUCAGAAAGUUUCCACUGGACUCCCAGAUAUGUAAACUUGAAAUUGGAUCUUUCGGAUAUACAGUUGAAGAUGUAUUGUACAAGUGGCAGAAAAAAGCGCUGUCAAUUGAUGAUGGGGUUUCCCUGGCUCAAUUCCAUCUUGCAGAUUGGAAUUAUCAAGAGAAAAUAGGAUACUCAGGUCUUAGAACUAGGGAAGGUUUGAGAAACGACUCCACAGUUCAAAUAGAUUUCUUUUUUGAGCGACAAACUGGGUUCUUUUUACUGCAGAUCUAUACUCCACUUACACUCAUCGUAUUCUGCUCUUGGGUCUCUUUCUGGCUCGUCAAAACAGAGAAGGGAGGAGAAGUUCCUGCUCGAACAGCUCUAGGAGCAACAACAGUUCUUUCUAUAGUUAACCUGGGAUUCGGAGGCAAAUCUAAACCAAAGGUUGGAUAUUCCACGGCCAUGGAUAUUUAUAUAAUUCUCUGUUUUGUUGCUGUAUUCGCGGCUCUUGUUGAAUUCGCUUCUAUAAACUUUAUAGAUACGUUUAUUAAACGGUUUAGAGAAUGGGAGAAGGAGGAGAAGAAAAAGGAAGAGGAGAAGAAAAAUCAGUUAAAAAAGGAAAGUAUACGAAGAUCUAAAUCACCAAUCAAAGAUGGCGAAAUAAAGAAAGAGAUGAAACUGGAAGACAAUGAUAAAACGAAAAAUCUGGAAGAUAUGAAGAUCAAGGAAACUGAAAAGGAAGAGGAGAAAAUCGAAGAAAUGGAAUUGAAAGAGGGAGGAAAUGUGGAGCAUAAUAUUGAUCAAGUCUCCAACAUGCUACGUGAAUCUCCUAAGCCCCCCCAUGCUAAAUCUGAAUGUGUCUCAACAAUAUCAACUCAGGAUGCCUGUGUUUCUACUGAAGAUGGGUUUGAAGAUAUUGAAGACGAAGAGGAAGAAAAUGAAGUGGAGGCAAAAUGCAGAACUUUACUGGAUAGUUUUGUAUCCUGGUUUGAUCGGAAGAUGGAAAAGAGUUUCAAGUUUAUUUUCCGAAAAUAUUCAAAAAAAAUUGUUCACAUGGAGAUUUACAAAGAUACUCUAGGUGUUAUCUACAGUAUUGAUAGUUGGGCUCGGAUACUCUUCCCUUUGGCUUUCCUUUUUCUACAAGCUAUAUAUUGGUCAUCAUAUCUUUAUAUAUUUUGAUAAAUAUACCUUCUACUAAACGAAAUGUAUAUUGGUCAUCAUA